AUGGCGAAGAACGAGCCAAACGUUUAUUUGUUUGUUCCUAAUCUAAUUGGAUUCUCCAGAGUUAUUCUUGUUCUGGUAUCUCUCUAUUUCAUGUCAUGGCACCCUAACUACAGUACUGUUCUGUACCUGGUUUCCAGCUUGUUGGACGCGUUUGAUGGAUGGGCAGCACGUCGUUUAGGACAGACGACGAAUUUUGGAGCCAUUUUGGAUAUGGUCACGGAUCGCUGUGCUACGUCCUGUUUGCUUUGCUUCCUUUCCUCCGCAUAUCCUAAGUAUACGGUUGUUUUCCAGCUUCUUGUUAGUUUGGAUCUUGCUAGUCACUAUAUGCACAUGUACGCAACGCUUCAUCUUGGUGCCAAGUCGCACAAAACCAUGACGAAGAAGCACAACUGGAUGCUGCGUAUGUACUACGGAAACAACAAGGUCCUGUUCUUGUUCUGUGCUGCAAACGAGAUGUUCUUUGUUGCUCUGUAUCUGCUGUCGUUUGCUCCUCGUACUCCUCCGCGUCUGGGCUACCUUGCAGUCCCUACGUUCAUUAGCAAGCGUGGAGUGCUUCCUUUGUCUUAUCCAACUCUCAUGGCUGCUGUGUGUGGACCUAUUUGCUUUGCCAAGCAGGUGAUCAAUGUCGUCCAAUUGGCUAAUGCUGCUAAUUCUCUCGUCAAGCUCGAUGUUGCCGAGAGAGUAGCUCCUAAGAAAAAGGAAUAA